AUGACAAAACUUCAGCUUUAUCUGGUCUUCAUGCUCCAUUUGCUUUAUAUCUUCAAUGCCUGGGUGACUGAUGUGAGGCAGCAGGGUGCCCAGGCCAGCCAGGCCCUGCUGCUCUUCAUGGGCAUCACCUACCUGGUGUCGCCUUUCGGCGGCUGGUUGGCUGAUGCCCUCCUGGGCAAGUUUGGCACCAUCCUGCUCAGCAUGGCGCUCUACCUCCUGGGCAUGCUGGCCUUCCCCGUCAUCGCCGCACCGCACACCCGCCAGGGCCUCUGCGGGGACAUCCCCUUGUUCCCUGUAGAGAACUGCUCCUCUCCAGCGGCCAACACCACCAUGGCGCCUUGCUCCCAGGUGGGAGCCACCCGCUACUGUGCCACCGCCACCUUCAUCGGACUGGUCCUCGUGGGGCUGGGCGUCGGGUCGGUCAAGGCUAACAUCACCCCUUUUGGAGCAGACCAGGUCAAAGAUCGGGGUCCAGAAGCCACAAGAAGAUUUUUUAAUUGGUUUUAUUGGAGCAUUAAUUUGGGAGCUAUUCUCUCUCUGGGAGGCAUUGCAUACAUUCAGCAGAAUGUGAGCUUUGUUAUUGGAUAUAGUAUCCCAACAGUUUGCAUUGGGAUUUCAUUCAUGGUUUUCUUAUGUGGUCAGAGUUUCUUCAUCACAAAACCGCCUGAUGGUAGUGCCUUCACAGACAUGUUUAAAAUUCUCGCAUAUUCUUGUUGCUCAAGAAAGAGACAUGCGGAACGUUCAACUAAUAGUGAAGGCCAGGGAGUACUUCAUCAACCUCACAAGCAAAGCCUGUUUGAGAUGGCCAAGCUGUCUCGUGGGGGCCCAUUCAGAGAAGACAAAGUAGAAGAUGUGAAAGCUCUUGUCAAGAUUAUCCCUGUCUUUUUGGCUUUAAUACCUUACUGGACAGUGUAUUUUCAAAUGCAGACAACAUAUGUAUUGCAAAGUCUCCAUCUGAAAAUUCCUGAAAUAUCAAAUGACACCAACUCUAUUCACACGUUUCCAGCAGCCUGGUUGACUAUGUUUGAUGCAGUGCUCAUUCUGAUCCUAAUACCCUUAAAAGAUAAAUUGGUGGACCCCAUUUUGAAGAGGAAUGGCCUGCUCCCAUCCUCACUGAAGAGAAUUGCUGUUGGAAUGUUCUUUGUAAUGUGUUCUGCGUUUGCUGCAGGAAUUCUGGAAAGCAACAGACUGAAAAUUGUAAAGGUUAAAACAAUUAAUCAGACAAUUGGAAAUGUUACAUACCAUGCUGCAGAUUUGCCAAUAUGGUGGCAGAUUCCUCAAUAUGUCCUGAUUGGAUUCAGUGAAAUAUUUGCAAGUAUAGCAGGUCUAGAAUUUGCAUAUUCAGCUGCUCCCAAAUCUAUGCAGAGUGCUAUCAUGGGGCUGUUUUUUUUCUUUUCGGGGAUUGGAUCAUUUGUUGGCUCUGGAUUGUUGGCACUGGUGUCUAUUAAAGAAAUUGGCUGGAUGAGUAAUCACACGGAUUUUGGUAAUAUUAAUGGCUGCCAAUUAAACUAUUAUUUUUUUUUGCUGGCUGCUAUCCAAGGAGCAACCCUCUUGCUUUUCCUUAUUGUUUCUGUGAAAUAUGAUCAUCAAAAAUCGAAGAUUAAUGAAAUGGCUGCCAAUGGGAGGAUCUGAUAUCUGUUACAGGGCAGACUUUGUUACAGCAGUACACAAUGAAGUGGCAGUGCACCCUGAGCCUGCGAGAUCUUAUGUUUUUCUCCAGUGAGACUCUUACUAGACUUGCAUGUUACAGGAGUUCUCGCCCCUGCCCCCUCUCGUGUAACGUAGGUAAGUGCCUUAUGUUGGUGGGGCUCAUUUCUUGCACUACGUCCUGGCGGAGGACAAACACAAAUCUUGGAGGUGUAUUAACUCUAGGCAUUCAAGUUGCUCUUUGUUAAUCGUGAGAUGUUUACUUAACUCUUGAAAGUUGGGACACUUACACUUGGAAAUUGAGU